AUGGCAAAGAAUUACAAUCCAGUUGAAGUAGAAAGGCGUAGGCAAAAAAAUAGAAAUCAAAAAAAGAGUAAACAGUUAAGAAAUACACAAAAACAUGAAUAUAUGACAAACAAAGAUUAUGAUGGAAUCUUAAAACACAUGAAACAGUUAGAUGAAAAUGAAGCUAAAAAAAGGAUGCCACCUAAAGCAUGUGAAGACAAAAGAAAAAAAUUAAAACAGCAAUAUUUAGAGAUAAUAAAAUUUUAUCGAAAAACAGAUAACAAACAAAAGAUAAUGGAAUUGGAGUCAAAAUUAAGAAUUUAUGAAAAUGAAAGAGACUUUCAGAUGAGUGUUUAUUUAGCUGAAGCUACAGCAGAAAAUCCCUCUGAUAUACCAUUACCUCCAGGACCUGAAAUUCCAUCUGCUUUACUAAUUAAUCCACCAUCGAUGUGCCUAAAUAUUGACAAGACAUCUGAUGAUAUUCCUGGUCCACCAUUAGGUCCAAUACCAAAUUUAAUAGAAGUUAGUAAACGAUUAAGAAAAGUAUUUAGAUAUGAUGAUACUGGUGGAUCAUAUCAAUCUGGAAAUUUCUCUAGAGAAAAAAAUCAAUCAACAUCUAAUCAGGGUCCUUCAUUGUCAAACACAAAUUCUGAUAAAAAUGCUGAACAAAAAGCAACUGUUAGAGAAUUUAGAAAAUUUGAUCCAUCAUCAGAAGUUACCAUACCAACAGCUCAAAUUUCAAGUGCUCCAGUCAAACGAAAUAUGAUUAAAGAAGCUACACGUAUAGUUCCAGCACAUUUAUUAGUUAGAAGAGAUGUAACAAAACAAAACAAAAAAAAUUCAAAUAUUUCAACGGGUACAGACUUUGCUAUUACUUCAUCAUUUACGAAUCAAUUUAAUGAAACUAAAAAAACUUCUGAUGAAGGAGAAGAUUCUAGUAUUAAAAAAGGUGGGAACAUGGAUGAAGCUUAUGAUUUAUUUAUGAAACAGAUUGAUGAUUUAAUUUAA